AUGUUAGCUCUGUAUGCUAUCACGAUAAUCUUCCUGAAACUGGUUGUGGCUUUUCCGUCGGCUAAACUGUGCUCACAUGAGUACCCAGACUGUCCAAAUGGAUGCAUACGACUUCUCGAUUCGGGCUACUACAUGGAACUGGUGAAGUUGCCAUUCGAGACGGCUCGAGUUGAAUAUUUGAAGAGGGAAACAACAUUGUGCGCUCCUGAUUCUGUGGAAGAAUGGGUCGAUGUGGUGGAACAUACAUCGCUCAACUUCAGGACCUGGGUUGGUCAGAAGAGAACUGAUGAACGUCCACCGCAGUGGCAAAGAAACACAGGAAGGGACAACAAAAAAAUAAAUCGGCUCGUUCCUCCUGCCAUACCAGAAGGCAACGGUUGGAAUCCGACACCACAGUGUUUGGCCCACCCUACAAUCGCUACGCCUACUUUUGGGAUUCUCCCGUCUGAGAUGGCUAAGCAGCUCUUCAACUGA